AUAGUAAGAAGCAAACUUCACACUUGUAUUGCGUAUGAAAGAGGAUUCCAUUAUUUUUACGUCAGUGUGUUUUUAGAGAAACGAGGAAAUCAUGUCUGAUUGGGACACUGUCACCGUCUUAAAAAAGAGAGCCCCAAAAGCCUCGGCUAUGAAAAGCGAGCAAGCCAUCAACGCUGCCAGAAGACAAGGUGUUGCCGUAGAGACGCAACUAAAAUGGGGUGCUGGAAGUAAUAAACAACAUGUGACCACAAAAAAUACUGCUAAACUUGACCGUGAGACUGAAGAACUUAAACAUGAUACCAUCUCCUUGGAUGUUGGGAAAUUAAUUCAGCAGGGCCGUCAAUCCAAGGGUCUAAGUCAAAAGGAGCUCGCCACCAAAAUUAACGAAAAACCUCAAGUAAUUACAGACUACGAAGCCGGAAGGGGUAUACCGAACAAUGUGAUCAUCGGUAAAAUUGAAAAGGUAAUUGGCAUUAAACUCAGAGGAAAGGAUCGUGGCCAACCGUUGUUACCCCCAGUAGGCAAAAAAUAGAGGCGUAUACUGGGGGAUGCAGAAACAUCGGAUAUCACGACUGUCUUGCGGUUACUAUUUACAUUAUAAUUGGUCAUUGUAGGAUUCCUGCAUUUACUGUAAGAACCCACAUCCACACAAUUAUUUUUUCUAAUUAUUGAUUUAGAUCUAAAUGAAUGUUUAACCUUAAUUUUAUAGCAAUAAAGAAUCUUUGUGUAAUAUUUGGCAAAUAAUUUAUUUAAGUAUCAUCAAUUAUUAGAAAAUAUGAAGGGGAUGCCUCGUAAUAAUUUUAGAGUUGAUUUCGUUUCUUAUUUUGACCAUAUCACACAGCAGGAAGGGAUGUAACCAGUAGAUUAUGUACAAAAUUUUAAAAAUAUUUUUUAAAACUUUUUCUUUAUAUUAUAAACUGUGAUUAUAUUUUCGAAAGAUUAAAAAAUAUUAAUUUGAAUAAAGAGGUGCACUUGAAA